AUGAUAAUUGAUAUUGAAUAUGAUGACAUGGACGUGUAUUUGUAUGAUGGAAAUGAAUAUGAAAGAAUUGAUAGAAUGAAAUAUUUAAAAGAAGAAGAAAAGAAAAUAAUUGAAGAAAUCAUUUCCAAUGAUAAGAAGAAUGUGAAAAUUAGAAAAGAAAAUAUUAAAGGAGUAGAAAUGAUGAUUAAACCAGAAAGUAAAUUAUCAAUGAUAUUCAAUAAUAUUAAGAAAGAAGUAGAAAAGAAAGGAGAAAAUGAAAGAACAAUCAUUUGUAUUCCUAAUGGAACAAGUCAAGGAAAUGAAAGAAGAAUAGAAAAUUCAACAAAACUAGGAAGAUUAAAUAAUGUACAAAUCAUACGGAAAUAUCAUAUAAUUGAAAGAAUACUUUCAGAAGAAUAUAACAUAGAAACACCAAUCAUUAUCAUAGAAAAUACAGAAAUAACAUAUGGAAAUAUUAAAAAAGAAAGAGAUAAGAUAAAAAUAAGAAUAAUAAAUACUAUAAGAACAAACAAUACAACAGAAGAAAAUAAAGAAAUCAAUAGAAUAAUAUCAGAAGAAAAAGAAGAGAAAGGAAUAAUAAUAAAUAAUAAAAUAAAACAAGAAAAAGAAAACAAAAUAAACACAAAAAGAUGGAGAUAUAAAGAAAUCAACGAAGAAACAUAUAUUAAAACAAUAAUAGAAAAGAUAGAACAAGAAGAAUAUUCAUCAGAAAGAGAAAUGAUAAUAAAUAUCAAAAGAAUAAUAUAUAAUAAUAAAAUCAAUAAAAGAAUGACUGAAAAAAGUAAAUUAAGACGUUAUGCUAUAAAGAUAACAUCAAAAUAUUUUAAUGAUAUUGAAGAUUUUAUUAAUUUAGAAAUAGGAAUUAAAAGAUUUCAAGGAAAUAUGGAACGAUUUCAUUUUAAUCCAAUUCCUUUAAAUUAUUAUUCAAGAAGAUUCUUUCCUAAUAUUGAAACAUUUCAUAUUUAUAAUGAAGAAGAUGAAAUAUUUGAUGACGGGAGAAUAACUAAAGAAAUAAUAUGGUAUAAAGUUAAUUAUUCAACAUAUUUAAAAGAAAAAGAAUCAGGAAAUAUCUGUAAAAAUAUAGAGUAUACAAGAUCAGAUAGAAAUAAAUAUGGAAAUACAAUACCACUAGAAGUUAAAUCACUUGGAGAUGAAUGUUUUAAAAAAUUUUCUGAACUAACUAAUAUAAAUAUACCAACAAGAGUUAAAGAAAUAGGAUAUGGAUGUUUUAGUGAAUGUUCAUCAUUAACAUCUGUCACCAUACCAACAACAAUUAGUGAAAUAGGGUAUGAAUGUUUUUAUGGAUGUACAUCAUUAACAUCUAUGAAUAUAGAAAAUCUCAAAUAUGUUAGUAAAGAAAGAAUAUUUAUGAAUGAACCAGUGUUAGUUAGUAUUUCAAUACCAGAACAUUUAAUAAUAAUCAAUAGAAAGAAUAUUGAAAAGAAAGAUAUUAAUGAGUUUAAUAUUCCAUCUUCAAUUACAAAAAUAGGAAAUGAACAUUUUUCUAAACACUCAACAAUAAGAGCACACAAUAUUAGAAUACCAAUCAUGCCAGGUCUCUUCGCCCCCUACUCUUGUAUUAGUAGUAGUUGUACUAGUGCUGCUGUUAUUGGUGCUGGUGCUGGUGGUACUGUACUUAACCAAAAUAUGUUAGAAGAAAUGAAUAACAAACAAAAGAAAUGCUUAUUACAAUAA